AUGCUGAGUAGAUUUCACUGGGUCCAAUGCAAUACCGUGAGAAUCAGUGCACAAGAAUGUUCGGAACAACCGGAGAAACCGCUGACUUUAGCCGGAGUGGUUGUGUACGGCGGGACAACAUUGGGUCGAACUUUGUGCUAUUUUGCCCCGGAAAGCUCGCUACAGUAUGUCGCAAUCAAAAUGGACAAACUGGAACUGGCCAAAAGUUUGGGCCAAUGUCCCAGACUGAUGCUGUUCGAAUAUUCGUCUGUACGCGAAGAGCUGAUUGAUAAUACCGACCCGAACUUGCGAUUUCAUGCCAAUUGUUCCAACUACGAGAAACUGCGACAAUUCACGCUGCAGACAUCGUCACCCGGAUUGAAAUUACAAAUGCUGUAUGAUCCGUUCAAUGCGCCCGUUUCCGAACUCUACUACGAGUUCACCCUAACCAGUUUUGGUGAGUCUGGGUUCCAUUCCAUUUGA